AAGAAGAGGUAAUCUGGCAGAGGUCCGUGGGUCAAUUUAUAACAUUUUGAUUUAAUAAUAAUUUUUAACCCAUGAUAUCAAACCGAAAGUGAAAUUGUGCAGAAUGAUCUGUCCCAUCAAGAUUUGGCCAAUCAAAAAUAUUUCAUUGGCGGAAGUGGGCGGAGCUUAGGAGCUUGCGUCAGAGGGCUAAUUACUAGAGUUUUUGAAAUCGUGAUUCAAGACACGGAAAUGUUUUAAAUUUUACUUACUAAUAGAACUUUUACUGUGAAAUAGAGAUGUGGAAUAUGUUCCUCUACGUGCAGCAGAUAUUCUUUGCGAGUUUGAAGACCAGGAAUUCUUGAAAACUGAAUAUAUCAAAGAUUGAAAGUGGGUUAGCCAUGCUUAACAAGUGCAGUAGCAGUGUUCUGUUAGGACAGAAAAGAAAACACGAUGAACUUGAGACAGAGCCCAUUGAAUAUACACAACGAAGACAAACAAUUCUGGACAUAUCAAUGUGUAAGCUCAAGAAACCUCACUCGAUUAAGAAACGGGAAAUGUCUCUGAGAAGAUCAGUGCUUAUUUACAACACGCUACGCCAUAUUGAAACUGAACUUCAACAUGAAGGCUCAAGAGGGAUGCCAUAUUCCAUGCCAACAAUUCCCGCUGAAAGUGUCGAGAGUUUAGAUAUGUGUCCUGCUCAAGACACAACUCCCAAAGAAACUGUAAAAGUUGCAACUGAAAACAGUGCGACAAUUUGUGCUCAAGAAGAGAAACUAAGUCUAGCUGAUAGUUUACUGGCUACAAAAACUCGAUUGACUGAUGAAUCGAUGCAAUCAAUUGAAAAUGAAUCAAACAUGGAUACUGACAAUGUGAUAGUCCCUACUGUGCCUGAUAUCAUAAACACAACACCUCUUAAUUCAUCUUUGGAUGCAAUAACAGACACAUCACAUACAAACAUGGACCUAGGCUUAUCACAUAUAUUGCCCAGUGUCACCCAAAGACAAUGCAAAAGCAAUGAACUCCUUCAGAGCCUUUGCGCCUGGACUGAGAAUAAUGUUGCUCAACUUGGAACUUGGAAUACAUCCAUAUGGAGUAGCGCUUCCUCAACAACAGACGCUUUUUCAGAUAUAGAUCUCAGUCUGUACGACUUUGACCUAUUUCUUAAUGGUGCCGCCCAAAGUAAUACAAACACACGCACCUCCACUGAGGACUAUACAAAUCUUUACCCACCAAAUAAUGGAACAUGUAAAGGAGAUCUACUGAACGAUGAAUUGGACAAUAUCAUGCAAGUUCUCGUGGGGAUGUAGAAUCAGAGAACUUUGAUUGGUUGGAGGUAAGACCAGGUCUCGACUUUCAUAUAAAGGAUGGUUUACAGGGGUUUCAAUAGAAUUUCUCACAACAGACUAAAUAAAUGAAAACAACAAGCGCAAUUAAUGGGAAUCAUAAAUUUAACAU